AUGGCCAGCAUCAUGAAAGACCCAGGCGAGCGUUCGUUGGACACUCUCCUCUCCACCUUGAACACGGUGCUGCAUCCUCAGACAUAUGUGUUCGCGACGGUGCGCGACGACACCAAAUUGCCUCCUCUUUCGGAGAUCCAAUCCAUGAUCCGAGAGCAGGAGGGCAUCACCGUCAUCACGACACGGGACUACGCGACCGCCAAUGGUCUCGACCACUUCUUCCCUUGCAAGAUGAUCACGCUCAACGUCACAUCCAGCCUCGAAGCUGUGGGAUUCAUGGCAGUCAUCGCCACACGGCUGGCGUCGAAAGACAUGGGUAUGAACCCGGUCAGUGGCUUCUAUCACGAUCACUUGUACGUCCCUGUCGGGAGGGAGGACGAGGCGGUGGAGGAACUGGCAAAGCUGGCGGAAGAGAAGCGGCGACAGUAG